CAAAGAGUUGGACCAACUUGAUAGGAAACGGUAGGCCCCCAAAGGUGCUUGUUGGUUGGUUCUUAAAAAUUCGACGCCCUAUUGUUGCGCAUGAGAUACAACGACAACCAGACGACUAGUUACCGGAGUCGAGAUUUGCGCCUCCUCAUCCUUCACUACUACGGGAGACAUACCGGUCAACAUUUUGGCAGACCACCGACUUUUACUGCAGCUCCCAACAGCUCACGAGGACAGUGAACUACACACCACCGGUCACGGCACACUAGCCCUUUUAAAGGACCAAUUGGUUGACUAAACCUGAGUAUGCAUGUUGUUUUCCGCCCGUAAUUGUCGAGUUAUCAGAAAAUCUGUCCCGGCAGAUCUCCAUAGCCGCCAGCGCCAAUCCCACCUCUCUAUCAGAUUCUAACUGCGGCUCGUUGCUAAAACCUACAUAACGGAGACUCAAAGUACCAGUCUAUAUCGUGACUGUCAGUCAAUGCGGGCUAUAUCCUACGGAUCCCACCAACUGUUUAGUAUAGCCGAUUCAGUUGGCACGAUAGCCAUGCACAAUACAAUAAUCGGCUCAACUGGUAUAGGCCAGGAUAACCAUCUGGCUCAUGACAAUUCGUACUCGAACGAACAAUGGGUUGAUAUGACUGCUUAUAAUAAUAUGGGCAUGACAACCUACGGAGGUGAUUAUUACAUCCCUCCGGUAACUCAUGGACUGCCGUCAGAGUCCAUCGGCAUGGCUCCGCCGCCUGUCCCGCAUCAGAUGCACAGCCAGCCGCAUAAUAAUUACGCGAGCCAUCUACCUCAUCCGUUGAUAAUACCAACACAGCAACCUUCUCAGGUUCCGUGGCCUAGCCUACGGACGAACCCCUCUCAAAACUACCCGGCGCCUCCUGUACCUAUCCCUCCGGCCUCAGCCCCCAUGAGACAACCCCCGAGGUUGCCGACGAUUAACACGUCGCAGCCGAGGAAGACGUUAACGGACGAAGAUCGCAGGAACAUGUGUUUAUUUCACGAGGACAACCCUCACGCCAAACAAACAGAGAUUGGACAAAAGUUUGGUGUCGAGCGAAGCACCGUAUCGAAGGUCUUGCGAAGGAAGGAACUCUACCUCAAUCUGGAUAGUCAGGGCGGCUCUCCUGUGAAAAAGUCCAAGGGAAAAUCCCCACCUGACAUUGAGCGAGCUCUGGCAAAUUGGGUCAGGGGCCAGCAGAAGAAGGGGGUCGUGGUCAGCGAUUCUCAGAUGGAGGAGAAGGCAAGGGUAUUUUGCACCGGCGCAGACAGUCCUCUGAAAACUAUCACGGCCUCCUGGAUCGAGAAGUUCAAGCAGAAGCACAAUAUUGGUCCUGGAAAACUUAUUCGCAGAGCAUCCGAGACUGCUAUUCCCGACAAUGCUCGACUGGACACUGGCUCACCGCUAUUAUCUACCUCGCAGACACCAGGAGGUAUCUCACCUGCUUCACCGAUCAACCAAACGACCUCACCGCAACCUACUUCGGCGAUCGAAAAAUCCGAAAGCAAAGAAUCUCUAUCUACGGGUUUCAUGGAUUUCGAAUCCAACGGAUACCGACAUCCACACUCGCAGAGCUCAACAUCGCUUUCCAGUGCCGUCACAGACCCUCCAAGUUCAACUUUCUCAGCAGGUGCUUUCAGCCCAGGUUCGCAGUUCAACUUCUCACCGGAUCCAAACUCGGGAAUGUUUGGCGAUCGGAACCAAAUACCCGGAAAUCCCAACUUCCAGCGCCCUCGAAGUCAGACAGUUCCCGACCUCGGACAUCUCGACUACAUCAACCAGUCACAGUCCAGCGAGCCACUGACACCCAAGUACAGCCAAUCCGGAACGGCACCCUCAUCAGCUCUCGAGUCGCCCGCCCACGAGAUACCGGCCCCGCCUUUCGGAAACCUAGACUCAGCUAUAUCCCCACCUACACCGCUACAUCACGUAAGUAGCAACAGCAGUUUAACCGGAAGGUCUAGCUGCUCAGGGGUUGCGGUGUCCGGGACGACAUUGGGAUCUUCACCGAGUUCACCGACACAAGAGGACGCUAGACGGGCCGCCGAUACUCUUCUCAGCUUCAUGCAGCAGUUCAAGACCACGGGUUUGGUUGAUCAGAACGACUUCUUAAUAGUCCUCGGACUUACAGAGAAGCUGGGAUUACAGUCGCAACAGCAGAUGGGGAUUCCUCAGUCUAACUCGGCUACUCAGGGCUUCGGAGGAUUAUCAAGGAUACCGGAGGGCGAUACGGAGAUGACCACGGCCCCUUCGCCCCAUAUCAAAAAUGAGACGACGAUGAGUGUAUGACAACCCAUGAGCCCGUCCAUCUUUGGGAAACCAUCUCCAUGGACACUAUACAUAUCGACAGUAGCUUGAGCUCUUAUCGACCAUCGGAUCCCUAGCUCUGGAAUUCUGAGGGUUAUAUCUUUUACGAGAUCGCCGACAGCAUCAGAUUCGGACUAAUAAAUCCUCUAAAUUGGACAUAUAGGAAUCCCCGAAACUGAUCUGUAUGACCUGACGAACCAACAACUACAGACACCGGCCGUAUUCGACCCCCUAAAAUUAUUCCAUUUCACCCAACUUUUCACGCUCACUUCCGACUACAGUAUCUAUAACAACAGAACGACCCAUUCAUUCCGAGUCUACAACAGAAAACGUCUCACGACAGGCACAGGGGAUAAGGACAAUGUCAUCAUAUCCAUGCUCAUAUUCACACAGGCGUCACCAGGGCCGAGGGGAAAGGGGGGAAACAAAAAAACCACACAAAAAUUACAAAAAUUGUCCAAACUAACUAACCAAACAAAUACCGAAACAAAGCGUAUCUAAUUAUAUACACUAUAUUUCUCACGAAACAUCAAUUCAUAUACGUACACUAUUAUACCCCCGUCGCCCCACCGCGCGUUUAACCCAAAGCGAAAUAUACCCGAAAUUCGAGCAAUGGACGAAGGGAGGAAGAGGGAG